CCCGAAAUGGAGGGGUUUAUGAGUUUAUCCUUUACCCCGAAGGAUUAGGGUUUAAGCCCCAAUUCACCCCAAGGCCAAGCUAUUCGCAGUUUAUUAGUAGUCUAUUCAAUGGCGUGCGUACUCUCUAGAAGACUACUCCGUACUCUCACCGCUUGCCCCAGGUCAUCAUACCAUUUCAUGCGCAUACCCUCGACGCCAUGCUCGAAAAGCUUCUCUACUGACAGCGACGACGAUCCGAGUCAUCUGGAAUUGGACUUGCCGGGAUCGGGAUCAGAAUCGGAAUCAGAAUCUGAGGCAAAAUCAGAUCCUUUCUUUUCAAAUCCAGCUCCCGAAACCAACCGGAAGCCCAAUACGGGGGAGCGGCCCCUUGAAAAUGGCAUGGAUAAUGGCAUUUACAAGGCAAUAUUGGUUGGUCAGGUAGGGCAAGCUGCAAUACAGAAGAAACUGAAGAGUGGGGCCAAAGUGACUCUUCUUUCUAUUGGGACGGGUGGGAUCCGAAACAAUAGGAGGCCAUUUGAUAGUGAGGAGCCUAAAGAGUAUGCUGACCGGUGUGCUGUUCAGUGGCACAGAGUUUCAAUUUAUCCUCAGAGGUUGGGGGACCUGGCCGCAACAAAUGCUCUUCCUGGCUCAAUCUUGUACAUUGAGGGUAAUCUCGAGUCAAAAGUUUUCAGUGACCCAAUUACUGGCCUUGUUAGGCGCAUACGUGAGAUUGCUGUACGCCAAAAUGGUCGAAUUGUUUUCCUUGGCAAGCUAAACGAUGCUGGGCAACCAUCUAAAGGCGAAGUAAAAUCCGUUGGUUACUACUGACACUGGAUUCACCAAGAAAAUGGGCGAUUGACAAAUCAGACUCAUUUAACUUUUGUAGCUGAAGUAAAAUCUCUUGGUUACAACUAGCACCGGAUCACCAAGAAAAUGGGCAAACGAUGAAUCAGAUUUACUGUUGAUAGUCAAAAUACCUGUUGGGCAUUUUUGCAGGACUCAACUCAAUGUACCUUCAUAUUGUAUUUUUGAUACGACACAUUUUACUUCACUACUGGGUGCUAAUGCAAAUUUAAUUAGUAGUUAUUUUAUCAAUUAAUGUAUCAAUUACAUAAGUGUCAGAUUUGGGAUUUUUGAAGUUUUAGCUUACUUGGUGCAACAUCUUGCUCCAUGUCAAUAAUGUUAGUUGAGGCCUGAGGGGUUAUGGUUUUAGUUGCUGUGAUGGAAUAAAGUGCUUGGUGCCUGAAGCACUUCGGUUAUUUAUUU